GUGGAGCUGGAGAGCCUGCGGCUGAGCUUCCAUCAUGCAGUCGAGCUCUGCGCCUUCAUCGCCAACAACAGGACGGUAAGAAAAGUCUCCUUGAGGAAACUCGGACUCGACCAGGAAGUCGCUUCCCUCCUCGCCCAGUCGCUGGGCGUGAACACCAAGGUCACCUCGCUCGACCUGCGAGAGAACAACAUCGGUGAACCACCCCGCUCCUCUCAUCAUCUCCUCUUCUUCUUCCUCCUCGUCCUGCGCCCUCCAGGCCCCGAAGGAGCCAAGGCGCUCUCCGCAGUCCUCCGGUCGAGGUGCAGCCUCAAGACCCUCAGCCUCUACGGCAACGCCAUCACAACGGUCGGGGCCUGCGAGCUCGCCAGGGCUCUCGAGCACAACUCGACCCUCUCCCAGCUGGACUUGGGUGACAACCUCAUCGAGGACGAGGGCCUGGUCCGCAUCUCCAAGGCGCUCGUAAAGACCACCUCCCUCACCUCUCUCCAGCUGCAG